AUGCCUGCUCUACUAGAAGACCCCACCACCCGCAACCCCCCACCACAGGCUCACGUUGAUGCCGCGCCGAGCCUAUCGGCACGGCGAACAACACUCCCCAAAUCGGCCAAUGCCCCAAUGACCCUGUAUCCCAUCACUGGGGGACCGCAAGCCGUGCCAAAGGACCUGAUCAAGUUCCUGCAUGAGGAAUUCAGUGCGGAAAUCGUCCGCGGCAACACAUAUCCCAUGGAGCAGCCGAUGGCACUUGAUGCAUUUGCUGAUUAUUGGUUUGGGACUUUUGCGGUCCUGGCUAUUUUGGAUGAUGAGGGUGAAGGGCUGCGAGAGGGGAGGGAUUGGGAGAAUGUCUGUUUGGGGACUUUUUAUAUCAAGCCUAACUAUCCUGGCCGCUGCUCUCACAUCUGCAAUGCAGGCUUCAUGACUACCACCGCGGCUCGUGGCCGGGGUGUCGGACAAGCCAUGGGUGAAGCAUACCUGGAAUUUGCCCCAAGACUGGUAAGAAUUGAUUGCAGGCCUUCCAGUGUUGCUUAUAGGCAAAGAGCUGACAGUUUACAGGGAUACACAUACUCGGUGUUCAACCUGGUGUUUGCGAACAACCCAGCCUCCAUCCGUAUUUGGGAGAAGCUGGGCUUCAGCGUCAUUGGGCGGGUCCCCAAGGCUGCUCGUUUGGCUAACAGUGAGGAACUGGUUGAUGCAUUGAUUUUCGGCCGGGAGCUCGGAAAUUAG